UGUCUAUGAGUGCGUUUGUGUGUUUGCGUUUCGCUGAGUGUUUACGGACUGACACAAAAGAGAAAGAUGGAUGGAGUGACAACAAGGAAGGAAUUUACAAAACACACACUUGCACAUGCAAGUUGGGUCAAAGUGCAAGACUUGAUUGCGUGUGUGUGCGUGUGUUAAAGUCACACCGGUUACAGUGCAUUGUGGUAGUAAAGGUCAGGACGGUUCAAAGAGAUCUCUGCGGUCGUGACGACGACGGACGAGCUGGAUGACACGGUGAGAUGUGUUCCUGCUGCGCCUCGUCCUUUAGCCGUCUGAGAAGCAGAUGUCCUCGACCGCGUGGACUCAUCAGCCUGAUCGUCACGAAAGCAUGUAUGUUGGCGUUGCUCUUUGGUGCAGCGUGGUCAGUCACAGGAAAUGAGUGUUUGCCGGGAGGGAGAGUGUUUGGUGUGGUCAUCAUCUUCAUCAGCGCAGUUUUGGGGGGGCGACUACUCGGGAUGGUCCAGUUUCCUGGACUGCCCCCCAUCCCACCACUGCUUGGCAUGCUGCUGGCCGGCUUGGUCCUGAGGAAUGUUCCCUAUGUGACGGAUGCCGUCCACGUGGACGCCGCUUGGUCCGCAGCUUUGAGGAGUGUGGCGCUGUCCAUCAUUCUGGCCCGAGCUGGCCUGGGGCUGGACCCCUCGGCGCUGCGCCGCCUGAAGGCGGUGUGCCUGCGCGUGGCGGUCGGGCCGUGUGUGGUGGAGGCCUGCGUGGUUGCCGUGGUUUCUCACUUCCUGUUGGCUCUGCCGUGGGCGUGGGGCUUCCUACUGGGGUUUGUCCUGGCAGCGGUGUCACCAGCUGUGGUGGUUCCAUCCAUGUUACUGCUGCAGAAGGAAGGUUACGGAACCGAGAAGGGCAUCCCGACACUCCUGAUGGCUGCCGGCAGCUUUGAUGACAUUUUGGCCAUCACGGGAUUCUCCACCUGUCUGGGCGUGACCUUCUCCACAGGUUCCACGUGGAUGAGCGUCCUGAAGGGUCUCCUGGAAGUGGCGGGCGGAGUUUUGGGUGGCAUCCUUGUGGGCGUCUUCUUAUGUUUCUUCCCCAGCGCGGAUCAGGAGGACGUGGUGGCGACUAGGAGCUUCCUCCUGUUGGCGUUCUCUAUCUUUGCCGUCUUCUUCACUCAAGUGGUGGGCGCUUCGGGGGCUGGCGGCCUGUGCACCUUGGUUCUGGCUUUUCUGGCCGCGCUGGGUUGGCGCGCUGACAAGAUCGGGGUGGCGGCCAUAUUGGGGAGGUGCUGGGACGUGUUCCAGCCCCUCCUCUUCGGCCUGAUUGGAGCAGAGAUCGUAAUAACGACAUUGAGCCUCAACACUGUGGGUUUGGGUGUGGCCGUGAUCGCCAUCGGUCUGGUGGUGCGACUGGCCACCACCUUUGCGGUGGUACACGGUGCGGGCUUUAUGCUAAAGGAGAAAUUCUUCAUCGCCAUCGCUUGGCUGCCCAAGGCCACGGUGCAGGCGGCCAUCGGCUCCACGGCGUUAGAUACGGCGAGGGACGUGGGUGAUGAGACCUUGGUGAAGUUCGGUUUAGACGUGCUAACAUUAGCCGUCUUAGCCAUCUUAAUCACCGCGCCCAUCGGAGCGCUGGGCAUCGGCCUGGCAGGGCCACGUCUCCUGAGCCGGCAGGUCAAAGUUCCAGAGCCAGUGGACGGAUUUCCGGCUGGCCAAACCGAAGACCCCGCGAUAUUUGAGAGCAGGCUGUGAUGACAUUAAAGAGGAAAGCUUAGAUACAA